AUGACCAAAAUCCAGAUUGUCACCAUCGCGACCGAGGCGGGGACGCACUUCCCGGGCCAAAGCAGAGCGGGCGAAGCAAUUUACGAGGCAGGCAUUGAGACGAAACUCUUAAAGUCAGGACACGAGGUCGUGGCGACCUCGACGCUCUUGGGCAGAGCCACCGCGGUCGCGUCGGCCGCAAAGUGGCAGCCGAGUCCCAAGCUGGACGGCGUCCGCAACGAGCAAAAGACUUUGCUUGUCUUGAAUGACGUAUACGACGAACUCGUCGACUGCCUCGACACUGACGACGGUCGCUUCAUUCUAUUCCUCGGCGGCGACUGUACCAUUCUGCAACCGGUGUUAAGUGCCGCUCACACCAUCCUCCACGGCAAGAAACAACCCAUUCAUGACGUCGGGCUGAUCUACAUGGAUGGCGACGUGGACCUGAGCGUGCCGGCCGAGGCGGCCGCCAGUAUCGAUGCAACGGGCGUGCUCGACGCCAUGACCAUGUCGCACCUGAUGCGCCGACCUGGCUGCCUGUCCAGCUUCAGCACCGCGCGGUGUUCGUCUCGACCCGACGGGAGUGCGCUCGUGACGCCGCAAAACGCCGUCUUCUUUGCCUUCGACCCGCUGCAGCCGUCGGCAAGCCACUGGGUGUACCUGGCCGAGAACGGGUGCAAGGUGCUUUCGCGGCCGACGGUGCGGGCCGAUGCGGUCGCGGCGGCCAAGUCGGCGCUGUCGUGGCUGGAGAGCAGGUUCGACUUCAUCGUGCUGCACUUCGACGUCGACGUCAUUGACUCGGGCGAGUUCCCGCUGGCAAACUACCCGCACUACGCUGGGCUGGCCGCCGGGGAGGCCUUUGCGGCGCUCGAGGUGUUUCUCGGGUCGCCCAAAGUACGAGCCAUGACCAUCACCGAGGUCAACCCCAAUAACGAUCCGGAACGGACCAUGGUCACUCAGGUGGUGGAUGCAGUUGUACAGGGUCUCAAAGGCAGAAAAUAA